GUUCUUUGGCUGGGAACAUCAACAAACAUAAACGAGACAUUUCGCUCAUUAUAUUGGCCUUUUGACCUAGUACAAUCCAACUUGCUCUUAACCAUACACCAUAAAAAGCAACAUUUGAAGCUUUUUUCCAGCUUUAAAUCUGUUUUGACAGCAGAGGAUAAUUUUUAAUUUUUAUAAAAAUUUUAUAAAAGAAAGCAAAACAUUUUCCGGUUCCUUAAACCGUUUGUGGUGUUUGAUUCCUUGAGAAACUUGAUUGUUUUCUCUUUUUUUUCCUUCAUCCAUAUUUCUUAUCUGUGUAUUUUUAAAUACUUAAACUUAUACAGUUUAAGUUUCUUUUCUUUUUCUUUUUGUUGUUGUUGUUGGUGUCUUUGUUUUUAAUUAACAAGCAUCUCUCCAAAUUUCCCUAGAAAUUCUUAUUAUAUCUUCUCUUUUUCUCGUUUAUUGAUUUAUCUUUCAUUAUGGCUAGAGAAACAAAACUUUAUGAGACUUUAGGUGUCGAUCCUUCUGCUUCUCAAAACGAUUUGAAGAAAGCAUACCGUAAAUUGGCCUUGAAAUAUCACCCCGACAAGAACCCUAAUGCCGGUGAUAAAUUCAAGGAAAUUAGCCGUGCUUAUGAAAUCCUCUCCGAUGAGGACAAACGUUCUACUUAUGAUCGCUUCGGUGAAGAAGGAUUACAAGUCGGUGGUGGUGGAGACGGUAUGUCUGCCGACGACUUGUUUGCUUCCUUCUUCGGCGGAGGAAUGGGAGGCAUGGGUGGCAUGUUCGGCGGUGGCAUGCCCCGUGGCCCUCGUAAGGGUAAAGACUUGGUUCAUACCAUCAAGGUUACUCUUGAAGAUCUCUACCGCGGUAAGACUUCCAAACUUGCUUUACAAAAGAAGGUUAUUUGCCCCAAGUGCAGUGGCCGUGGUGGUAAGGAAGGUGCUGUCCGUACUUGCCAAUCUUGUAGCGGUUCCGGUGUCAAGUUCAUCACCCGUGCCAUGGGUCCUAUGAUCCAACGCAUGCAAAUGACUUGUCCCGAUUGUGACGGUGAAGGUGAAUCCAUCCGCAGCGAAGACCGUUGCAAGGAAUGCAAUGGAGCUAAGGUUGUUUCUCAACGUAAGAUCCUUACCGUUAAUGUCGAAAAGGGUAUGCACAACGGUCAAAAGGUUGUCUUCAAAGAAGAAGGUGAACAAGCUCCUGGCAUCAUUCCUGGUGAUGUUAUCUUCGUCAUCGACGUUAAGGAGCACCCUAGAUUCAAGCGCAGCGGUGAUCAUCUCUUUUAUGAAGCCCAUGUUGACUUGCUCUCUGCUUUGGCCGGUGGUGAAAUUGUUAUUGAGCAUUUGGACGACCGUUAUUUGACUGUUCCCAUCAUCCCCGGUGAAUGCAUUCGUCCCAACGAACUCAAGGUUAUUCCUGGUCAAGGUAUGCUCUCUCAACGUCACCAUCAACCCGGUAACCUUUACAUUCGUUUCACCGUCGAUUUCCCCGAACCUAAUUUUGCUUCUGAAGAAAAGCUUUCUCUCCUCGAACAAGUUUUGCCUCCUCGUAAGGUCGAGAAGGCUCCCAAGAAUGCCGUUACUGAAGAAUGUGUUCUUAGCAACGUUGACCCCACUGAGUCAGUUCGCAUUGACAACAAUGUUAAUCCUACCACUGCUACUGCUAUGGACGAAGAAGAGGAGGAAAAUGAUGGUGGACAUCCCGGUGUUCAAUGUGCUCAACAGUAAACUAAUGACUAUGGUACUGUAAGCUCUUAUCUUUUCUAUUCUUCGGUUAUUUAUAAUAGAUUAUUUACCAUCAACUGGAUUCCACUUUUCGUUACUACUUACAAAAGGCUUAAAGUGGUUCCAUGUCAUGUGGUACCCUUGCCAACGUUCUUUUAAUCCUUGAGCAUCUUGUUACACUUAAUGCUUUUUGUUGACCGGUCCAUUUUGUGGUUUAUAAGCACCGUUUCAUCGUUUUAACUUUACCUUUCCUUUCCCCUUUUAUGAAGGUUAUUUGGCACAACAUCCUCUAGGAUAUCUUAGUUAUUGUUUUGUGUAAAGCUUGUCGUGCCUUUUUAUGUCUAGUUGGGUUUAUUACUAUACAUAAUUAAUCUACGUCGCAAUAUACUAUUUUCAUAUCAUAUAAACUCAUACUCUCAUGCUUGCUGGUAAUGAUGAC